GCGGCUGCGGUGGAACGUGCAGGAGUGGGCGAGGAGGAGAAGCAGGAGGUGAUGGCGACGGACCUGGGGAGGGGGAGACGCUCCGUCUGGCUGAGGCGCCCCCUGGGCUGGGGUCCCCCUUUCAGGGCUUGGCUCAGCAGGCAAAAGAAAGACUGAACAAAGGGGAGGAAACCAACAAAGAUAACUUUGGAAGCACUGAAUGCAGCAAAAUAAGAACAAUGGAUCUCAAGUUCAACAGCUCCAGGAAAUAUAUUUCUAUCACUGUUCCGUCCAGAACCCAAGCAAUGUCACCACACAUCAAGUCGAUAGAUGAUAUUGUAGUGCUUGGCAUAAAUCUCAGCAGAUUUAACAAACUUACUCAAUUUUUCAUAUGUGUUGCUGGAGUUUUGGUAUUUUACCUAAUUUAUGGAUAUUUACAGGAAUUAAUAUUUUCAGUGGAGGGUUUUAAGCCCUAUGGCUGGUACCUUACUUUAGUGCAGUUUGCAUUUUACUCCAUAUUUGGCCUAAUAGAGCUUCAGCUUAUUCAGGACAAAAGGAGAAGAAUACCAGGAAAAACCUACAUGAUAAUAGCUUUUCUAACUGUGGGUACUAUGGGGUUAUCAAACACUUCCUUGGGCUACCUGAAUUAUCCUACCCAAGUCAUCUUCAAGUGCUGCAAAUUGAUUCCUGUUAUGCUAGGAGGAGUUUUUAUUCAAGGAAAGCAUUACAAUGUUGCUGAUGUGUCUGCUGCCUUAUGCAUGAGCCUCGGCCUGAUAUGGUUUACCCUAGCCGACAGCACAGUUGCACCGAAUUUCAACCUGACAGGUGUGAUCCUCAUCUCCCUGGCACUAUGUGCAGAUGCUGUCAUUGGAAAUGUCCAAGAGAAAGCUAUGAAACUUCAUAAUGCUUCUAAUUCGGAAAUGGUUUUGUAUUCGUACUCAAUCGGUUUUGUGUACAUUUUAUUGGGAUUGACAUGCACUAGUGGAUUAGGCCCUGCGGUAACAUUUUGUUCAAAGGAUCCAGUUCGGACCUAUGGUUAUGCUUUCCUUUUUUCCCUCACUGGGUAUUUUGGAAUCUCUUUUGUUCUGGCUUUGAUUAAAAUUUUUGGUGCACUUUUUGCUGUAACAGUGACAACGGGGAGAAAAGGAAUGACCAUUGUACUUUCAUUUAUAUUCUUUGCCAAACCAUUCACAUUUCAGUAUGUAUGGUCUGGUUUGUUAGUUAUCCUUGGUAUAUUUCUCAAUGUUUACAGCAAAAAUAUGGACAAAAUAAGACUCCCAUCGCUGUAUGAUGUGAUAAACAAAACAGUGGAAGUGAGGAGGUCAGGGACGCUGGCACAGACUGUCUAGACAGCGAUUCGCUUUAUAACGUAGAAUUAAUUCAUCAAUCAGUUAACUUUCCAAAGGGACGUUUAUAAAAACCAGAGGUUUUGAAGGCAUGCUGUCAUUUGUGGAUGGAUGGAUUACAUGUGAAGUCGCCAUUUCUUCAGAACCCUUGUUGGACUGUUUAACUUCCAAAGCAAUCAAAAGAGCCGCAUCCGGCACACCUUAGAAUAAAACAUUAAGAUGAAGGACCGUGACGCUUACAGUCUGUUGAGAAUUUCACUGGAAAUGGACCAUGUUGCAAGAAAUAUUGGAUAUCAUUAUGACAUAUCAAAGAAAUUGAUAUGUAAACGCAGAUUGUUUUCUUUUUUCCGUUCCAUUGUGGUGGUGUUAUUUAAAUUGAUUCUCUGUUGUAAGAGUGAACUGAUGAUUUAAAGUCUAGAGAGAAUAACUUCAUUAUAAA